CUCAAUAUAACAAUCGGACUACCUCUCUCAAAGUGGUCUACCUUUGCGACUUCUGUUCUGCUGCUUUUUCUCGGAUCCCGGCUGAAGCGAGAUCUUUGAUCGGCACUAAAGGCACAGUUUGCGUUUAUUUGCCUUUAUUGCCUUCGCGAUGCAUACUUGGCUUGCCCUUGCACAGUCGAAUAGCAGACUGUCCCCAAAGAAGUGCGAAGAUCUUGUUGGUUGCAACACGUAGUAGUUUCGUGCUCCUGUUAUCGAGAAUACGACUUCGCCAAAACGGAACAGAUCCACUUGAAUACCCUGCAAAAAGGCCCCUGCCCUUCUUGCGUGGUCUACCUCCCUUCGUUUGACUCGCGACCCCCCUGUUUGCAGAAGUUGUGUCGGAUUUAUCAUACGUACUUACAGCACUUUUAUGUGUAAUUUCUAUACGCGUAAGUAAGUAGUACUUUUCGAUGGACUGGUAACAGGGGCGACCCCC